AUGACGCUGAAAACUACUAGACCCGUCGAUGGCGAGACGCCUGACGAAGGUCCAGGCGCAGCAAGGAGAAACGGAUCGCUGGGCCACCGUUUUGCACCGCAAGGUCGACAUAUCGCAUCACCAAAAACUGGUUCGCGUGCCCAGGCCCACAGGCCUCCUCCUUUGGAUCUCACGCCACCGCCACCACCAAGAAAUCUCAGUUACAAUGCUCAUAGCAAUGAUAACGAGCGUGUCCAAGGUCGUGGUGACGGCGAUCCUGGAGAUGGCAAGGACUUAGCAAGUGACAGCCGGGACAACACACCUGGAGGCACUGCGCCUCUACCAAGUCGGAAACGGCCGUGUGACUCUGCAACACCGCCAAGUGAAUACGAAGACGACGAAGUAGACGACGAAGACGGGGACAUCGCAGACUCUCGAUUCGAUAUGUCUGUUACCCAAACUCCCGUGCUGUCUGAAGGCCAUCUUGCGGACGACUCGUUUUGUCUCUGUAGAGAGCAAAAAAUCCCACGUCCUCGCAACGUGUUCAUGUUGUAUCGACAGAGUUACCAGUCUCAGGUCGUGGCAAGAAACCCCGGCAUCGCGAAUCCGGACAUUUCCAAAAUUAUUGGCAAAAUGUGGAGGGAGCUGGAUGGCAAAGGCAAAGCGUACUGGAAACAACGUGCCGAAGAAGAAAAACUACGCCAUCGAGAGAUGUACCCAGAUUAUCGCUAUCAACCCAAGCGAGCAAAGAAGAAAAACACCAGCGGGGAACAGCAGGGCACUGCGUCGUCGCUUGGCAGUGAGAGUCGGAGCGGCGCAGCCGGUGAUGGACCGGACUUGGGUACUUGUGACAAGUGUGGCCGCCGCCUCAAGGCGCCGCCUCUUUCGUCACGCUCCAUCCCUAGCUCGGUUAGUAUCCUUCCUCAGGUCCUGCUCCUCCGCCAGCAUCCCCAUGGAUGGGACCUCCACCACCGCCAAUGCGCCAUGCCCCACGAGGAUAUGCAGGGCAUCCGCCGCCUCGUCAUAGCUAUGAUACCAUAG